GAGCCGAUGAGAAAGGGACUGAUGCCCAUUAUCUUGGCCAUUGCUGCAAUGUUUGUAACAGGAAGCAAGAGCUUUAAUGAUGGUUCAACAGUGUGACCACUCUCUUGAUUCGUAUACUCACAGCAAAGCCUCCAUCUGUCUCAUGGAUUGUAGAUCUAAAUUGAUGGCUUCAGUAACAGAUACCAGAUACAGGCAGAAAGAUACCUCAGAUCAAAAUUUUGAUUACAUGUUCAAACUCCUGAUCAUUGGCAACAGCAGCGUGGGUAAAACAUCCUUCCUCUUCAGAUACGCUGAUGACACUUUCACACCAGCCUUCGUUAGCACAGUAGGAAUUGACUUCAAAGUGAAAACCGUUUACAGGAAUGACAAGCGGGUGAAACUGCAGAUUUGGGAUACAGCUGGACAAGAAAGAUACAGGACCAUCACUACAGCCUACUACCGAGGAGCCAUGGGCUUUGUCCUCAUGUAUGAUAUCACCAGUGAAGACUCCUUCAAUGCAGUGCAGGACUGGGCCACACAAAUCAAGACUUACUCCUGGGACAAUGCACAAGUGAUCCUGGUUGGGAACAAAUGUGACAUGGAGGAUGAAAGAAUUGUUCCUGUGGAGAAGGGCAAAAAUCUGGCAGAUCAGCUAGGUUUUGACUAUUUUGAAGCUAGUGCCAAAGAAAACAUCAAUGUAAGGCAGGUGUUUGAGCGUCUCGUGGAUGUAAUCUGUGAAAAGAUGUCGGAGAGUAUAGAAUCAGACCCUUCCAGGGGCACUUCUGGAAGGAGCAUGCGACUCUCGGACAACCCACCUCCUUCGCAGCAGAACUGCUCGUGCUAGUGACCUUUCUCGCUGAGAAAUGUCCUUUUCCUUUCCUGAUGAAAUUUUAUCUUUUCCUUUGUGGUGGUGCAUUAUCAUGUAGUCCAAAGGCAGAAGUCUCUGUUGUAGGAAACUGCUAUGUUUGUAUACUGUGCUGGAGUGUUAAUAUUAUGUAUUUCCUCAUCCAAUAAUUUAAAAAAUGAAAAUCUGAAUAAAUAUUGUAAGUGCACCUAGUGUUAAUGUGAGUUAUGCUGAAGAAAAAGAAUUGUUUAGUGUUGCAAAUGUUAUUUCCACACAGAAUGUUGCAUUUGUAAUUAUAAAUUCCUCUACUGCAGAAAGAGAUUUUUUGUCAAGAACAGCAGGAAACAUAAAAACCAAUUAGAAGGGACCAGGUCUAAAAGAAAAUGGGGUGGAAAUCUUUUUUAAAGCAAGAAUAUGCACCCUUUAGGUAUUUUUGAGAGUCAUUGUUGCUGUCCUGUAUAGACAUGGACCUCGUUUUUUCUGUAUGAUGGAGCAGAAAGCAGUGCAUUUCUGACAGUUUGAGGUCCUCCAGAAAGCAAAGAGGAAGGGGGGUGGAUUUUGUGUCAAGCCACUGCAUAGAGGAAGAGCACGUGGAGGAAUCAAAGCUGCCAGGCAGGGGAGGAGGAGGAGAAGGCCUUGCAGCCAUACCCGCACUUCCCUGUGCUCUUGGCUGGUGCUGGGUGAAGGAGCGAGAGCCCUUCCAGGGACUGCCCUUGCUUGCAGACUCCUCCACAGUCACCACUACUGGCUUGCAGAGCGUUGGGGGUGUCGCUGGGUUUGGCACCUUGCUGUCCCUAAUCCUGUUUUUUCUAGAAGCCCAAGAGCUGCAGGACAAAGGGGAGGAGGAAUUGCCUGCUGCAUGCUCAGUUGGAGGCAAAAUCUGACUUGGAACAGCACUGUCACAGAAAGAUAAAAAUAGCAGGAGCCAAAAUGUGAGUGUUGGCAAUAUUAGUGCUGAUAUUAUUAGAUUUCCUUUCUGCAUUUUGUUGUGGGUUUUUUUCCUUCUUUUUUUUUUUUUUUUUUUCCCCUUUUGUGCUAGAUCAGUGCAUGUGUGGGAACAGGAUUUCUGGUUUCAGAUUCAACCACAAAGUGUAAUUUUAAAAAAGGAAGACUGAUAAAUCAAACAUAACUGCAAAUGAAAAGUGGCAAAGACCUCCUAUUAGAGUUAUUAUGUAAACUUAUUCUAUGGAUUUUGUUGCAUCAUUCUUUGAAGGGAGGAACAAGUUUUAAUAGUUAACAUCUAAAAAAUUCUUAUAUUCCAACAUUGCUAAAAUUGCAAAACUUCUACAUCUGCGUGUAGAACUGUGUGCAUUAGCCACACACAGAGCUGGUCUUUCUCUGAAAUAUAUGGAGGAACUGCUACUGCGAAUCUGUGAAAUUGCAUACACUGUGUGCCUUUGUUGAUGAUCACGCAUUGGUUUGUGCAUCCCAGCGCCAAACGGUGACUGCAAACUGUGUCUGUAAAUGUAAACUAAGUGAAUACGGAGGGAAGUUUGCUGUCUUAAGGUGAAAAUUCUGGAAAGUUUUAUGGCUUUACCUUAGGCCUGUGAACUCCUCUGCCUGAGGAGACUUUGCGAUGCCAGGAACUGAUGUCCCAGCCCACUGCAAUGGAAUGUGCUGGGUGGUGACAAUAGCAAAUGCUUUUGUUAAUUUCAUUCUGUUGUGUCUCAAAGUGUAAUGGUUUUUAGAAAAAAGCACAAUAUUCUAGAGAAAAAUGCAACUACAUUGAUGUAGUUAGAGCUCGUUGUGCUAAAGGCUUGAUCCCUUUGUAUGUUGCUUUCAGAAAUCUUUACUGUGACGUAUUUUGGGUGUGUGUGAUCUAGUACUGGAAAUGUGAUUUGUGCAGUGCUAGGAAUGUGGUUAUUGUAUCUAAACCCCUGAGACUGCAAAAUAAAGAGAAAUGUAGUCACCGGGUGUGGCUGGA